AUGUUCUCGUCCAUUUGGAUCGUCGCCGCGCUAGUCUCAUGUGGCACUGCUCAAAAAGUCACAAUUCAGAAUGGGACCAUACUUGGAGGGAAAUGCCUUGAUACCGAGACGAACUACUUUUUUUCCAUUCCCUUUGCUCAACCACCAGUCGGCCGUCUGCGACUAAAGGCGCCGCUGCCGUAUAAUGUGGCCUACGGUGGUAUGCUCAACGGAACUGUUAAAGCACCAUCAUGUAUACAGUUCAACAAGGUUUUCGCCGAGUCUAACGCUCACAGCGAGGAUUGUCUAUACUUGGAUGUCUGGACCCCAAGCUCAGCGACAGCCGAUUCGAGGUUGCCCGUGAAAGUUUGGCUGUACGGAGGCGUCAAUGAGGCCGGCGGCAUAUCAGACCCUACAUACGACGGCUGUUAUGCCACUUCGUCUUCCAUUAUUGUGUCCAUAAACUACCGUGUUGGACCUCUCGGCUUUCUUGCUCUUGAGGACCUAGGGCUGCACGGCAAUUUUGGGAUCAGCGACCAGCUAUUAGCUCUCCAGUGGAUACAAGAGAACAUCCACGCCUUUGGAGGCGACAAAAGCAGGGUCAUGCUUUACGGACAGUCAGCAGGCGCAACGGACGCGUAUGCAAUAAGCACUUUGCCGCAGGCACCAAAACUCUUGUAUGCGGCAAUAUUCGAAUCUGGCGGUGGCCGCGAGUUUGCCAGUGUAGGAGAGGUUCAACAUUGGCAGCGACAAUUUCUUCGCGUGCUUAAUUGCAGUGCUACGGACCUAUCCUGUAUUGUCGCAGCUCCGCCGGAUGUUUUUGUGGCUGCCGAGGCCCAAAUGUACCAUCCUACAGUGCCGGCUGUUACUACACCAUUCGCGUAUCAGGGUGCUAGAACAAGAUGGGGCCCUGUUGUCGACGGCCACAUCAUUGCAGAGCUACCUACGAAAGUAGGAAAUAAAGUCCCUGCAAUCUUUGGCUUUAAUGCAGACGAGGGCACAUUGUUUGUCCUUGGUAAUUACGCAAAGGACCUGUCUCUGCUCAAUCAAAGCCACUACGAUGACUUUCUCUCCUACAACUUCGGGCCGUUGGCCACCAAAGUCAAUGCGACAUACUCUGCUACAAAAUUUCAGGACGCACAAUUUCCUAUUUUCGCCGCCAUGUCGACGGUCUUCGGAGAAGUCACCUUCAAAUGCCCAGCCUACAGGGCCCUUGUGACUUCCGAAAGAACCGGAGUUCCCCGGGGAUUGUACGUUUACGGCAGCAGAGCGGUCGCUGGCGGCGUCAAUGAGCCAAGCGUGGACUAA